CUCCAGGUGGACCCAACAGAUUCAGAAUCUCAGGGUCGUUCGUUCGUUUUGCUCUCCAAGCUCCCAGCCAUAGUGCGCUAAUCUAUCUUGUAACCGUCACACACUCACACACCAUCUCUACUCUUUCUUCUUCGCCAAGCGUUCUUCACUAUCUCACUUCGCAGAUCUUCGUCCUUAGCUGAAAACAAACAAGAUUCCUCAUGGCGAGAACAGCUCGAACUCCUCCCGCGUCUCGUGGAACUGGAUCCGAUGCCGCCGCGGCCGAAGAUGCGCAACUUCCUUCCGACUCCACCGCCGCCGCCGGUGCUACUGAUUCCCAGAAACGCGGCCGGGGACGACCGCCGAAGUCCAAAUCCGGCUCUCAGAACGGCGCCGUUUCCGCUGGGAAACCAAGCGGUCGCCCGAAAAGAAACGUAGCUACAGCAGCUGUUGCGACUGCGGCAGCAGGUAGGCCAAGGAGGUCGAGCACUGUUGUGCGUGCGACGGAGUCUCAGGUCGCGAGUGGAGAUGGAUCUAGGAAGCGUGGGAGGCCGAAGAAAGAUGACGUGGCAGCUCCAGCUAAGAAACGUGGACGGAAAACUAGAUCUGAACAAGUUGCUAAGAAGACUGUGGGCAGGCCAAAGAAGGCAACAGAAGGUGCUACUGGGCAGGGAGCAGCAGACCCGAGAGAGUUCAAGAAGAAAGCCGCACUCUUACAAAAGAAAGUGAAGCAGGCUGCAGAGAAGUUGAAGAUAGCAGUCUCAGCAAUCGAGGAGGUCCAACAGAUAGCUGCAGGAUUCUAGAAGCUGUGCAUGAGACACGUCUACGCAAAUCUUAAUGGUGUUAGGGAAACAUUUGUUUGGAGAAAUUAAGACUGAUUGGUUGUUUGGUGUUUGAAUUUCAAUUUAGGUUUUGUUUGUACGUUCGUAGGGAAUCGGUAUGAGAAGAGAAAACAGUUCAGUGUUAAUGGUUCGUACGCUUUGAUGAUAUGUGUUCUGUA